AUGAAGAAAACAACUUUCUUCAAAUGUAUUAUUGUAUUUGUCGUCCUCUACAUUUGUGGUUAUUUUGUUUAUCUGUAUUCAGUUCAUCAAAAAUUGAAAAAACUCGAAUUCGGAAAAUUCUGCGAUGUUAUGGUGAGUUCGAAUUUUGUUUAUCAGUAUUGCACCAGGUUUCCUCAAUUAACAGUGUUAAAAAUUUUCAACCCCAAAUAUCUUGAAUUUUUUAAAAACAAAACUUGAAAAUUUGUAAUAAUCUUAUUUUCAGGAAUUCUUUUGCGAAAUCAACCAACAAGCUGAUCAACAAAUAUGGUGUGAAUACCGAUGCUCAGAAGAGUGGCUCUAUAAGAUGUUUGUUCGUAGUAUGGUUUAUGGCUCAUCUCUUUUUUAUACAAUUUUAGCGUUCAUUUCUUUGGGACUCAUGAUUUGGCCUCUCACUGAUGAUUAA